UGAAAAAUUAAAAAACGAUUUUGCUUUUUGCAUAAAUUUUAGAAGAAAUCGUCCAUUUCUCAGCACUUUGCAAUGUUCUGACGUUGGUUGGAGACAUAAUGUACAAAGCAAAGUUUGAUUUUACAUCAAAGGAGCCCAAGGCUCUGAGUUUUAGGGCUGGAGACCAAUUUACUGUGAUUGAAUUUGUUGACAAGCACUGGUGCCAGGCUCAAAAUGGCUAUGGACAAGUUGGCUUUGUCCCCAAUGACUACAUUGAAAAGGAUGAGGUAGCUGUUGCUGAGGUGGUGAAAUCUAUUGACCGAGCUAUUGAAAACAUACACCAUGCAGCCUCUGCUAGCAAUGGAAAUUAUUCUCAUCAACAGCGAGAAAAUUUGCAAAAACUUAUUCUUCAUCGCAAAAAUGUGAUAGAAGAACACAACGCUGGCAGAAGUUUUGUUCCUCAGCAACCUCGUAGACAGGCACCAGCACCUCCCCAGAGACAGGAAAGCAUCCCACAAAACCAGAGACAAGGCUCAGAAAAACGAAGGAGUGCCCCACCUCCACCAACUGCUCCAAAUGAACCAGUCGCCAGUCCGAAAAAAGAACAUGGCCACCAUCACUCCAAGACGGAAAAAUCUCCCGGUCAUCAUUCGUCGAAAGAAAAUUCCCCGAAAAUUCAGAUCAGUCGUCAGGAAGAAGCAAAAGCUACAACAAGUGAGAAGACUAAAGACUCGCCAAAGAAAUUGCCCAUCGAAAAUAACGGAAAUUUGGACUUGUCUGAUCAGAAAUUGAGAGCUAUGUCACCAUUGAAGUCGCUUACAACGUCGCCUACAAGAACAAUGACUGCGUUACUUGGUGCUACUAAGCCACAUAUACCGGACGAGAUAGGUGUGGAGCUCGUAGAGAUGGUACGCAAGAAUACCAACCUGAGUCAUGAGAAAUGUCAGGAGACCCUUUAUAUGGUGUUGGAUCAUAUCAAACGGAACGUUCCCAGCGUGGAGUACGUUAUGGAUGAGAUACUCAAGAAGACUACAGACAACGAGAAAUACUCGGACAACAUCGAAAACAGCCAUGAUGCACAACGCCUCAGUGUGAUUCUCUCGCAGAUGGCCGAGUGUAAGGACGACUCUCAGCAAAGAAGCUGGGCGCUGCAUGAAGAUGAAGCCAUGAUCAAAGGAUGCUUGGAAGAAUUAAUCUCUAUUUUGAGUAAUGCCAACCAGUCUAUCUGUCGUCAGGUAAUAAGCAGGAAUCACUUCGAAGCAUUGGACACAUUGGUACUCUAUUAUCAGAUGGAAACACGUGUCUCCAUCCGCUUGUUGCUGUUGAAGAGUUUUGGUGCGCUGUGUAAUCUUGAAGCACGUGUGAUAUCCGAAUUGCUGACGUCCGUGUUGGCAGUGGAGCUUGCCAGAGAUUUGCAGACAGACUUGUCAAAUACUCAAAAGUUCUGCUUCUCAAGUUUGGUGCUAACUAUGUUAUUUUCAAUGGGAGAGCCACUGCCUGUCUAUCAUUAUGAACAGCUGAAUCAAACCUUUAUCGAGUUCAUCUUUGAUCAAAUUGAGAACCCACAUGACGCAGAGAUGGAGGAUGAAAUCGCUGAUACGCUAACAGCCCUCAUCCUCUCGUUUAACCUCCAUAUCAAAGAUGCUCGUGAUAAUGUGAUACUCAAGGUGUUGGCAGAGAGAGGACAGGCAAAGGUUUUUACAGAGAAAGUGAUGAUGUUGAUGAACAGCGGAGAUGAUCCAGUCAAGAUGUUUGACCAUGAACCUCGGCCAGACAACUCUGUCCUCAAGUUCCUGUGUGAUCUAUACUGUCUCGAGUCCACGUCGGAUCUUCUGUACACAAACGAUGCCAAGGUGCUGAUUGAUGUUGUGAUACGGCAUCUGUGUGAUCUGUCUCCCGGAAACAAGAUGAGAUCGCAUAUUCUGAAUCUGAUGCAUCUGAUCAUGAAGAAUUCUUCCUACUGUGAACACGAGCAUCGUAAAGCUGAGCUUCAGAGUCUGCUGAUGGACAUCUCCAAAGAAGAAGACAAGGAGUCUGAACAAGAUCGCUGGCUCAUCCGACUCAUCUGGAAAGAUUUGCCGCAAUAUUUUGGGUUUCCUACAAUGUAAUGGGUUGAGCUGGUUCCUCAUCCUGAGAUGAAAAUGUAUGAUUUAUCAAAACAGUGCCGAGAGCUUUUCAUUUUUAUUUUGAGAUGAUCCCUUAGGGCUAAUGUAAACGAGUUGGCUUCUGGUUUGUAAAUUACCUGCCAAAAAUGCAUAUUUCAGUUGGUAAGGAAGUGUAUUUUGGUGUUUCUGAAUCUGACGCAGGAUUUAUGUGUUUUGGCUUUCAAGAAAAAGAGCAAUAAUGAUUUGUUGAUGUUGUCAGAGUUGCUGUUUAGGAUUUUUAACCAGGGUAUCAAUUUUUGCUGAGAAAUUGAGAUGUAUUUGGAAAGGUAAAACUGAAAACGAUGCCUUUUAUCUUGAUAAAUAACUUCAUCUCUGUAUGAUGUCACAUUGAUGCCAUUUUAAUGUCUUCAAAACAUUCUAUCCAAACUGUAUUCAGAUGUCUUGCUUAAAUCUUGCCUGCAGUCUUGUCCUUGUCUGCUUGGAAAUAUUCGGCCAAAAUUAUAAUUUGAAUAUACAGAUUACCGUAAAAUGUGUGCCAUCAAAGAGAGAAAAUGAUUACGAUGGUGGUAUGCCAAGUCAUAAAGCUGGUCAAGCCAUAUUCAGCUCGUCGUAUGAUGUAAUAAUACAAUAUUUUUCUCACAAUUUCCAUUUUUCUCACUAUUGCUUUCGUUUGCUGAUUCAUGUGUGUAACUUUAUUUUCUUGAUAACCAGUGAUCCUGUUUUGUGCCUUCGGAAUAAGAGAGAAAUUGUUAUUUUCAUAUAGAUUUACUGUUUAAAGGGUGACUAUAGCCUGGACGUAGCGUGUCAAAUUGGUUCUUUAGGUUACUAGUUAGCACAGUUGUAGGGGCUUGGGUUGUGUUUGAUUCAGUGAUAAAUUGAACAAGUGUGAAUAGUUUCGAUGUACUGUGUGAUUGAAGAGGCCCCUAUAUGUGACUUAGUGUAAUUUAAUCUUGCCAACCUAGCUGGCACCUGCCUAUAGUCUUCCUUUAACUUCAAAUGCAUCGUUGGUGAUCAUCAGUCUCUGGAGAUAUUAUUACACUGAAGAAACUAACGAUAGUGCAAUAUAUUGUUUUCGUGCUAGAACGUGCUGCUAGUCAUUGAGUUUCAAUGCAAUAUUGAUUUCGUCAAAAUGUGGGUUACACUUGCUAAAAAAAGCAUGAUAUGUAUGCGGGAUUGUUCAUUUGCAUGAAGUUUGUUUCAAACUUUUGUAUCACUCUAUUAGUAAAGUAGUACAAACUUGUUAACAUGGUAUCAAUUAAAAAGUAGCUUGUUUUCACAAAAAAAGUAAAAGUUGUUUUGAGCUUUGUAUCAUUGGUUAAAGUAGUUGGCAUAAAAGUUGUUUCAAACUUUGUAUCUAGUUAGGCAUCAGUUGGACUUGCAUCCGACAUGAAAGCUAUUUUAAUAUGUUUGACAGCAUAGUCGCCUUUAGAAGGUCUGUUACAGAGUGUAAUGAGAGCAUGUUGCGGUCUACGGUAUUUCAUUCCAGAUUUGAUCUCUAGUAUCUUAAGUUAUUCUAGAUGUGAUAAGUUUUUUGCAAUAAUAAUUUGGCUUUCUUGCUGCUUGGCUGUAAAAGACAUCUGCAUGUUCAGGUUACUGUAAACUCUGGUCUUUAACUUUUGCAUGUUGUGACCUUAGAAUAUUUACUGCUUCGAAAAAUGGUGGAAUUCCUCUGUCCGCUUUCAUUGUAUGAUUCUUAACCCUAUCACUGCCAACUGCAACUUAUCUUCUUAAGGAAGAUUUGUACGGCGUCAGUGUAAAUAUCAAUAAUCAGAUUUGUGUUGGCAAAGAGAUUUUUUGUCACAUGCGAUCAUGCUUGAUUGUAGGUUGCAGCUACAAAUUCGUUGGUUGACUUGUAAUCUAUUUUGAGAUAUCAAACUUUGGGAACUCUGCAUUGUACUGAUGGCACAUGGAACAUGUUCUUGCUGUCUCGAUUAUCCUGCUUUCCUAACCGGCCAGUCUUAUGCAUGCUUAGAAAACCUUCUUCCCUCCAAAUUAAAAGCUUCAGUGUAAUGUUCCAGUGCAUAUGUGUGUCAAUUUUAUAUUGUAUUGUCCCAGUAUAACGUAUUGUUGAACCUUUUUAUUUAUUUCUAGUAUUAAUAAAUGCUCAAUGAUAGGAAGUCA